GCCCCGAGAUCUUCUGCCGCCACUCCCAGGAGGCGGUCGCCCGGCAGGGUCCGCACGCAGGUCGACGCCAUCCACCACUGCUUCUCGUGACGCCACGCCGACCGCGCCUCCAGCGUCCUCGCAGAGCUCGCAAAAAUGGAUGGGUCUACAUGGAGGAUGAACAAGUUCACAGACUUCUCACCAUUCUUGAUGCCGCACCCAUGUGAUUCACAUCUCUGGGAACGCCAUCUCUUCCAUCGUGUGCCUUGGUUGGUUAGUGGAAUUUACCUGGAACUUAUGAUUGACGUCUUUCCUGGGGAGAGUUCCUGGACACCGGAGUCUCCCCCUGGACCUGACUUCCGCCAAAUGGCCAACUACUUGACACCUGAACAAAGGGAUAAAAGUCAGAGGCAUGGGGAUGAUGAUGUCAUGGAUGUUUGGAAAAUGGUAACGACGAGAGUUCUUCAUGCAGUAAGAAACCAGUAAGAACUGAACUUAGCAGUCUUGUACCAUUGCGGUUUGCAAAGCUUUGGAGGCAACUUAAUGUUUAAGCUCUCUAAUUUGUCAUUCUCCCAUAUGAAAUUGUCCCGUUAUCUAGUUGUAUUUUUUCUGGAUGCUAUUCUUUCAUCAUAGGCCUUUUAUUCUGUAAGGUAAAUUAGAGGUUUAUUAAAUUAUUAUUGAAGUAAUUUAUGGGUUAACUUCUC